AUGGUUAUAUUUUUUUUAAAAAUUGUAUUAUUUAUUAAUACAACUUUAGUACCUAGCGAAGAACAGGUUUACUCAAAUUUUAUUGAACAGGUAUACAAUAUGAUUAAUAAAGAUUUAAAUCGUAAGAAUUACAAGUUGUAUAAUUUUGAAUUAGAUACUGCAUUUACUUUAAUCUCUGUUAGUAAGCAUAGAGUAAACAUAAAUUUUAGAAAUGUUUAUUUUAAUACAGCAGAAGAUUUUACUUUUACGCCAACAUUUGAUGGUAACUAUAUUUCAGAUGAUAAUUUAUACUUUAUAGUUAAGAAAUUUGGAUUAAUGAAUAUCAGUUAUGUGAAUGUAUAUAUUGAAAAUGAUAACUAUAACUUACUAUUAGAUCAAGAAUAUAAUGUAGCAUUUUUUGCACGAUUAAAUAUUUUAUCUCAAAAGUUAAAAGGUCCAGUAUUCAUCUAUAAAUUUAUUGUUAAAGAUUUUGGCGAUGUUGAAAAGAUUUAUAAAAACAAUAGGAAAAAUAAAAAAGAGCUGGGAUAUGAUGAUGUGUAUCCAAAAAUAUUUGCACAAUUUAUUAUUGAUAAAAAGUCAGAGUAUGGAUUUUUUCUGUAUCUACAAAAUUUUGAUUUAUCAUUAAUUUUAAAGCGAACAUUGUUUUCUAAAUAUAACGAUAAUUGGAUUAAUGUUUAUAAUUUUAUGUCACAUUUUAAUUGUAAUGAAUUUAAAUAUUUAAGUGAUAUUAUAUAUUUUUGUACAGGAGAACAUAAAAAAACGACUAGUAAGGAAAAUUUUUUUAUUGCAUUUUGCGAUGAACAUAAAGAGAUUACUAAUUUUUUUUUAAAUUUUGCAUCUAUAGCUAACGGAACCAAAGAACAAUACAAUCAUCAAUACGUCAUAGAUUUAGAAAUUAUAGAAGAAUGUAACAAUAUUAUUACAAAAAUUAAAAAUAUGUCUAAUGAUCAUUUAGAACAAAUAAUUAUUUUUAUGUAUUCGAUAUAUAAAAAACCAUUAUUUAGAAUGUUAGUUAGAAGAAUUUUAGAUUCGGAUUUAAAUGGUAAAAAGGUAUAUCUGUUAAAAAUAUUACUUUUUAAAGAAAUUCUCAAUGAAGAUGAAAUUAAUUGGUUUACAGCGUAUAGAUACUCAAGUAGAGAUGUUGUUUUUAACUUAAUGAAUGAUUUUUAUAUGCAGAAAAUUGUUGAUAUUUUUUCUAAGGAAUUUUUUGGAGUUAUAAAUAUGUUUUCUUGCCUGAUUCUCUAUUUUGAAUUUGAAGAUUAUUUAAAUCAAUGUCAUGAAGAUUUAAAUGUGCAAUGUGAAUUUUAUAAAGAUUUUAUUAACGUAAGAAAAAUAUUACAAAAGGAUUUAAUAUUUAAAGAAGAAUUUCAAAUGGCUCAAGUUAUCCAAACUUAUUUAUAUUUAGUAGAUAAAUUUUUUGGUGUUAAAAUAUUUUUUUCAGGUGUUUUUAAAGAUGCUUAUAAUUAUUUGAUACCAAUUUGCAAUGACAUAAAAAAUUUAAAAAGUUUGUCUAGCAGUGAAAAGUUAAAAUAUUUAGAUUUUGAGAAGAUAACAAAAAAUUUAAAAAGUAUAAAAAAUAAAUAA